CUGGUGGUGAAGUUUGGUGACCCGACCGCCGCCAGCUGCUCUGUGUGUGAGCGUUGCAUCGACAACAUAUUUAAUUUGGAAAGCCCUGUUGGACUCACCUCGAUCAACGGAACCACGAUGUUCUGGACUGUCGAGAGGCUGACCAAGUGGCUGACAUCUCCUAUAUGCUAUUAUAAUACUGAUACUGACGUCCAGUGUUGCACCAUUCUGCCUAUUACUGUCUACCAGCCUCCAGAUAAUGUGUCCGUCAGCUUUGUGGACCACACUGCGCCGAUGUUUGAGGGUAAGCAGUACACUCUGCAGUGUACAGUGGAGGAAGUGGCUCCUGUUAAAAACCUCCUGGUGACCUUCUACAGAGGUCAGACAGCACUGGGUCAACUGCAGUCCAAGAACAACAACCCGAAACCAGUGACUGAGACCUUCUCUUUAAACAUCACCCUGAGUAAAGAAGACAAUGGAGUCCAGUACUGGUGUGAAGCAAAGCUAGAACUGGGACCCUACGGACCACAGCUCCCUCCAGUGGAGACGUCACAAACCAUCACCGCCACUGUGUUCUAUAAACCUCAGCUGGAGGGCUCACUGCAUCCAGAGCCCAUCACCGUCCUGGAGGGAGAGCCUCUGCAGCUGAACUGCUCGGCCCUUGGAAACUCCGGGCCCUCGUACACCUGGACGCUCCCGUCGGGAAGCCCCUUCACCUCCAGCAGCAGUGUCCUCACCAUCAACUCUGCAACUUUUGCGGAUGAGGGGAAGUACACCUGCUCCGUCAGUAACGACGUCGGGACCGCCACCGUGGAGCUGAACGUGGAGGUUCGAGGUUUGGAGUUAACAUCAACCAGUCUGUCGCCAACAACCACAACAACCACGACUACAACCUCUACCAGGACCACCACAACAACCACAACAACCACAACCACCACGGCUACAACCUCUACCAGGACCACCACAACAACCACAACAACCACACCCACCACGACUACAACCUCUACCAGAACCACCACAACAACCACACAGACAGCAAGCGUACCGAACUGUAGUACCGGCAGCUCACUGCUUCGCAGGCUCACAUUGUGCUUCAUGCUUUUGUUCUCCGCUCUGGUUUGAGUUCAUUCCCAAAGAACGAAAGUUGUGUGAAAUGUUUUUGCCACUAAAGGAUCAUUAAUAAAAGGUAUUUUAUUCAUGUCCUAUAUCGCUCACAUCUGAUCAAUACAGUACAUUGAGUAGCAAGUCUGUUGUGUAAGAAAUUACUUUGUAUUAUGUAGUACAGAUAUUCUACCACUGGGGGCGUUAGUUGUGAGUGAGACCUGUUAAGAUCUGUAAAUGCAUACUUGGAACAUACUGUCAUAAUUGAUAAGUUAGAUUGGAUAUAUUUUCUAGAGAGAUGUUUUGGUGUGUGAUGCUGUCCUCAGGCACAGUGGUGAUUUGAGCUAAAGGCUAACAUCAGAAUGCUAACAUGCUGAGGCUUCGUUGUAGCAUUGUUUUGCAUGUUUGCUAUCUUAGUUUAGCGGGUUAGAAUGGUAACAUUUGUAAGUUGGCACAAAAAGAUUAAAUGGAAACGUCAUUCGCUUUGCAGGUAUUUGAUCAUGAGCCAAAUAGACGAGAUGAUGAGAUUCAUCUUGAAUGUGUGUGCCGUAUUUAAUGGAAGUCCAUCGUGGUUGAGAUCUUUCCGGCUGGACCAAAGUGGUGGACGUUCCAUUAGCAACGCAGCUAACAAAGUUGUUCAUAAAUAAAUGUCCAUCUGCUUCCAGUCUUUAUGCUAAUCUAUGCUAGCUGUCCCUGGGCUCCAGCUUUAUAUAUUAAAUGGAGAGUCAUAUUGCUUUGUCUCAUCACACUGUCUGCAAGAAUGUCCAAGAUGAGUUCAAACGUUUGUCACGCCUCUCUCCGUCCGAUCAAUCAAACCUGUAAAGUGAAUCCUCGAAAAAGGAACGCCCAAUAAAAGAAAAAUUCACUUUGAGAUUCUUUCGUUUUUAAGGCUGUGCAGAUUG